AUGGCAAAUAACCAUAAUCUAGAACUUUCCUUUGACACUGAUGUAAAUCUUAGAGACAGAUUUCCUGUAAAACUUGGAAAUAGAAAUUUUUAACUUUUUAUUGGAAUGAUUACUUUGAAGUUUAAGCUUAAUGAGGAAACAAGUUUUUGGGAUCUUGCGCAUUCAAUAUAUGGACAGCUUUAAGAAAGCUUAGAAAAUAGAGACCAUUUUCUUUACCAUGUGGUUAAUAGAUUAUUUGACUAUUAAUCUCCUGAUUAUGUUAAAAAUCUAGAAGAAAAUGGUAAUCUCGGAAAUAUGUUAAACUUUUCUAAUGUUGGAAGAUAUCCCUUCAGCCCAGUUUAUAAAAGUGAUGGUUUUGAUGAUAUUAUCUUCGAAAAAAUGCACGCCUACGGGCAUGACUGGAGCCCAAACUUUGCUGGUUAUUUUAUUCUUGUUCACUCAGUAGAUUUUAUGAGCUACACAUUAGUUUGUGAAGAGUAAGAAGAAAAUUAAAUAGUUGGGGAGAGAUUGUUUGGAUAUUACGUUAAUUUAGUCGAGUCAUCUCAUGCUUUAGAAAAAGAUUAUAAGUUAAUCGAUUUCCAUUCAUCAGAAUGA